AUGGCGAAGCUCACUUCUUCAAGCUUCGUGGUGCUGCUCCUCGCGACGCUGCUGGCGUACCUGCAGGGGGCGAGCACAUCCAACAGCGACGAGAUCAUCCUCACCCGCAGCCAGAACGACGAAUUCUACGCAGACCCUGCAGCCAACUCGCGCGUUGUCAACCGCAACACAGGUUUCCCAGACCUGCUCAAUGCGGGCAUCGAUGAUCUCCAGGGCGGCCUGUCGCGCGGCGAGUUCACGAGCGUCGAGCUCGUCGAGGCGUACCUGGGCCGCAUCGACGAGGUCAACAUCAACGGUCCCGGUCUGCGCGCCGUGCUCGAGACGAGUCCUGCCGCACUGCGUGAAGCCAAGAGACUCGACGAGGAGAGGGCGCAGGGCAAGUCGCGCGGCCCACUGCAUGGCGUGCCCAUCCUCGUCAAGGACAACGUGGCCACCGAUGCCGAGCUGGGCAUGAACACCACCGCGGGCAGCUAUACGCUGCUCAACUCGAUCGUUCCGGGCGACUCGCCGUCGAUACACACGCUGCGAAAGGCAGGUGCGAUCAUCCUGGGCAAGGCCAACAUGUCGGUGUGGGCUCAAGCGCGUGGCUUGGUCAACCAGACGCAGGGAUUCAGCCCGCGCGGCGGCUUCGGCACCUCGGCGUACUGGCCCGCUGGCAACCCAUGCUCGUCGUCGUCGGGCUCCGCAGUCGCAGUAGCCGCAGGCCUGGCCACCGCUUCCGUCGGAUCGCAAACGUCCGGCUCGAUCAUCUGUCCGGCGAGCUACAACAACAUUGUGGGUAUCAAGCCCACCAUCGGCCUCAUCAGCCGAAACGGCGUCAUCCCCAUCUCGUUCACCCAGGACUCGGCGGGUCCGUUUGCGAGGACCGUCAAGGACGUCGCCCAUCUGCUCACCGCCAUGGCGUACCGCGGCAGCGAUCCGGGCGACAACGCCACAUGGACGCAGCCGCCCGAGGUGGCCAAGGGCAUCGACUACGCUGCCGCCUCCCACUUCCACGCAAAGAAGCAAAAGCCACUGGCGGGUAUGCGCCUCGGUUACUCGGGCGAGCAGUUCUUUGCCAACCAGUCCAUCCAGUCGUACGACGACUCGGUGGCCGCGGCCUACACGCGCUCGAUCCAGGUGCUGCGCGACCAGGGAGCCGAGAUGGUCGAAGUGACGCUCGAAUGCAUCGGCGACCAGACCGACCCCAACCAGACGGCAUGCUACAACGCCACCGACAUCACCCAGACGGCCCUGUGGCAGACCGAAAUGCGCUACGGCCUCGAACACUACAUCGCCGGGCUCAAAGAGGUGCCUUCGGCCGUGUACGAUCUGGGUGGAAUCGUGUACUUUGGCAUUGCCAAUCCGGAGCUCGAGUUGCCCGGCAACCAGACCGACCAGGGCUACCUCACCCAGGCGCUCAUGACGCGACCCAACGCCACCGUCGAUGCCUACCGCGAGUACGGCUUCCGCCUCUCGCGCGAGAUGGGCAUCGGCGGCGCACUCAACAAGUAUGGUGUGCAGGCCAUCGUCUCGCCCUCGGGUGGCGACUGGCCGUUGUACCCGAUCGCCGACCGUGCGCAGUACCCCGUGAUCAGCGUACCCAUGGGCUUCUACUCCAACACCACCGAACCAGGCGCCGACUUCCCCUACUACCCCUACCCCGAUGCCCCCACGGGCCUCUCGUUCACCAGCCGCAAGUGGACCGAGCCGCUGCUGCUCCAGAUCGCCCAUGCCUACGAACAGGCCACCCACGUGCGCUGGUCGCGCCGCCCUUACCCGGCCGCCGAGGCAAAGAGCCAGAUCAAGGCCAUCGUGCCGCCCGCCAACUGA